UUGACCCCGGCCUUGCCCCUCGCAAUGCCCCUGCCGCUGGUGCUGCCCAAGGCCCGUGAAGUUCCGUGUCGCCCAAUGCCUUUCCUCCCCAUAGGGGGGGAGCCCUCCAUCUCUCCGUCCCGUCCCCACCAACAUCACCAACAUCACCAGCAUCAACAACAACAACAACAUCAACAACACGGUCAGAACAAUCGACAAAACAAUCAGCAUCAUCAACAGCAAACUCAGAACCAGACUCAAGCUCAGCAACAACGUCAACACCACCACCACCAUCACCGGCAACAACAACAACAGCAACACCAUCAACCACAUCAUCAUCAUCAUCAGCCACAACAUCAAGUGCAACAAAGGUUCUAUUUCUCUGAAGCGGAGCUGCACGCGGUGCUGUACGGGAGGUUGGGCCCGCGGGGAGGGGUCGCAGGGCACGCCAUCUCGGGCCUUCACCUGGGCCUUCCUGCAGGUGUGAGGCCUCAGACUGUGCCACUGGAUCGCGAGUCUCUCAACCUCCCUGAAGGCCUCAGCAUCCUGCACACGUGGCUGGGCGCCGAGGCGCACUACGGGGUGUUCUGCACGCGGGGCCUCGUGGCGCGGGGCACGCGCUUCGGGCCCUACGCGGGCCGCGUCGUCUCGCCCAGCGAGAUCAAGACGCACGACGACAACUCGCACAUGUGGGAGAUUUUCGAGGGGGGCCGCCUGAGCCACUUCAUCGACGGGCGCGGCGCGGCGGGCAACUGGAUGUCGCUGGUGAACUGCGCGCGGAGCUCCUCCGAGCAGAACCUCGUGGCGCUGCAGAGCGGCCGCUCCAUCGUGUACGAGGCGAGCCGCGACGUCCCCUCGGGCCGCGAGCUCCUCGUGUGGUACGGCGAGUCCGCCUACCUGCAGUUCCUGGGCAUCCCCGUGGGGCUCAGGCUCCCGACGGCCGCGGCCUCGAGUCCCGGAGCGGGCCCGGGACGCGGGCCGGGACCCGGGCCGGGCGGCGGAGACGCGGCGAGCCCCGCGGCGGAAGACAGCGGCGAGGGCUACCGCUGCGAGCGCUGCGGCAAGGUGUUCGCGUACCGCUACUACCGCGACAAGCACCUCAAGUACACGCGCUGCGUGGACCUCGGCGACCGCAAGUACCCGUGCAACCUGUGCACCCGCUCCUUCGAGAAGCGCGACCGCCUGCGCGUGCACAUCCUGCACGUGCACGAGAAGCACCGGCCGCACAAGUGCACCGUGUGCGGCAAGAGCUUCUCGCAGUCGUCCAGCCUCAACAAGCACAUGCGCGUCCACUCCGGCGAGAGGCCCUACAAGUGCGUCUACUGCAGCAAGGCGUUCACCGCGUCGUCCAUCCUGCGCACCCACAUCCGCCAGCACUCGGGCGAGAAGCCCUUCAAGUGCCGCCACUGCGGCAAGGCGUUCGCGUCGCACGCGGCGCACGACAGCCACGUGCGGCGGACGCACGCCAAGGAGAAGGCGAGCCUGGCGUGCGGAGCCUGCGGCAAAGCGUUUGCGCAGCCCUACGAGCUCAAGUUCCACCUCAAGAUACACGCCGGAGAAGGCGAAUCGGCCAGCGGCGCCAUCCUGGAGCAGCCGAGUCCAUCUCCGGACACCGAGGACUCGCUGGCUGGCGAGGGCGGUGCUGCCGUCCGCGACGGUGGCGCCCGCGUGGCCUACAGGCCCUACCCGCCCGUGCCGCCCUCCUCCCGCGGCAGCAGCGACGGCAGCGUGCAGGGCGCGGAGCCCUACUGA